UCCAGAGGAGGAAAUGACUGUUCAGGGAUCUUGCUCCAAAUCAAUUACGGAAACUGAACCUUCAUAGGGUGUGGAUUUACUGAGGACAGGAAAGUUUCUCUCUUUGAAGGGCUUUAAAUUUGUAACAAAGAAAAUAAAAAUGACGACUUCGUCUAUAAGAAGGCAGAUGAAAAACAUUGUGAACAAUUACUCAGAGGCCGAAAUCAAAGUCCGGGAAGCCACCUCCAAUGACCCAUGGGGCCCAUCCAGCUCUCUGAUGACUGAGAUCGCCGACCUGACCUACAACGUGGUGGCCUUCUCUGAGAUCAUGAGCAUGGUGUGGAAGCGGCUCAACGACCACGGCAAAAACUGGCGGCACGUGUACAAGGCGCUGACGCUGCUGGACUACCUCAUCAAGACAGGCUCCGAGCGGGUGGCCCAGCAGUGCCGUGAGAACAUCUUCGCCAUCCAGACCCUGAAGGACUUCCAGUACAUUGACCGUGAUGGCAAGGACCAGGGCAUCAACGUGCGUGAGAAGUCAAAGCAGCUGGUGGCCCUCCUUAAGGAUGAGGAGCGGCUGAAGGCUGAGAGGGCUCAGGCUCUCAAAACCAAAGAGCGCAUGGCCCAGGUGGCCACUGGCAUGGGCAGCAACCAGGUCACCUUUGGCCGUGGCUCGAGCCAGCCCAACCUCUCCACCAGCUACUCGGAACAGGAGUAUGGCAAAGCAGGGGGGUCACCGGCCUCCUACCAUGGCUCGCCUGAGGCCUCGCUGUGCCCCCAGCACCGCACAGGGGCCCCGCUGGGUCAGAGUGAGGAGCUGCAGCCGCUGAGCCAGCGCCACCCCUUCCUGCCGCACCUGGGGCUAGCCUCCCGCCCAAAUGGUGACUGGUCCCAGCCCUGCCUCACUUGUGACCGCGCAGCCCGAGCUACCUCUCCGCGUGUGUCCUCUGAGCUGGAGCAAGCCCGGCCCCAGACUAGCGGAGAAGAGGAGCUUCAGCUGCAGCUGGCACUUGCCAUGAGCAGAGAAGUGGCCGAGCAGGAAGAACGCCUCAGGCGGGGCGAUGACCUCAGAUUACAGAUGGCCCUCGAAGAAAGCCGAAGAGACACAGUUAAAGUUCCAAAAAAGAAAGAGCACGGCUCCCACCCACAGCAGACCACUCUCUUGGAUUUAAUGGAUGCUCUCCCCAGCUCAGGCCCUGCUGCCCAGAAAGCGGAGCCCUGGGGCCCAUCAGCCUCUGCUAACCAGACCAACCCCUGGGGCGGGCCAGCAGCUCCCGUGAACACUUUGGACCCCUGGCCGUCAUUUGGUGCCAAGCCAGCUGCCUCUGUCGACCCAUGGGGAGUACCCACCGGAGCCAACACACACUCUGUCCCCAAGAGCCCAGACCCCUGGGCAGCUUUGCAGCAACCUGCCCCCAGUACUGGGAAAACUACUUCUGAUGCCUGGGGCACUGCCUCAGCCGCCAAGCCCAUGUCUGCCUCUGGGUCCUUUGAUCUCUUCAGCAAUUUGAAUGGUACAAUUAAAGAUGACUUUUCUGAAUUUGACAACCUCCGAACUUCAAAAAAAACAGCCGAGUCUGUGGCCUCUGUGCCAUCCCAAAACAAUGGAACUGCAAGCCCUGACCCCUUUGAGUCUCAACCCCUGACUGUCGCCUCGAGCAAGCCCAGCAGUGCCCGGAAAACACCCGAGUCCUUCCUGGGCCCCAACGCGGCCCUGGUGAACCUGGACUCGCUGGUGACCAGGCCCGCCCCGCCGGCCCAGUCCCUCAACCCUUUCCUGGCACCAGGUGCAGCUGCUGCCCCAGCCCCCAUCAACCCCUUCCAGGUGAACCAGCCCCAGCCGCUGACGCUGAACCAGCUGCGGGGGAGCCCAGUCCUGGGGACCAGCACAUCCUUCGGGCCUGGUCCAAGUGUGGAGCCCAUGGCCACGGCCCCCAUGACCUCUGCAGCCUCACUCCCAGCUAUGGGGGCCAGUGGUUCUUCUUUGACACCACUGGGCCCUGCAACGAUGAACAUGGUGGGCAGCAUGGGCAUCCCCCCAUCGGCAGCUCAGGCCACCAGCACAACCAACCCUUUCCUAAAAAAAAAACAAACUACAAUACAACAAAACCCCAAGCCCCUGGCUGCCUUUCCUUUCUCUAACUCCCUUUUUUGGUGA